ACUUUUAUGUAGAAACAAAUCAUGCCGCUUGUAAGAUAUGUUGGUCGAGAUUAUUUAAAGUAUAAAGGAAAACGCCUUUUUGACAUUUUAUGUCGAUUAAAAAAUUUCGGAGUUGGUAGGAUGGUCUAUAGAUACACAUUCAAUGAAAACUAUCCCCAGCCCAGCUACUACAUCAUCACUAAAGUACAGCCAAAUAUGAAGGACCCCCAAAAUUUCAAAGAAAUUGACUCUUACGCAUGGGGGUUAGCAACGUUUCGAGGAGAGCCGAAAGGUCAACUGAAAAUAACUAAAGGCUAUAAAGCAGAUUGGCGAUUAGUCCCAAGGCACGAAGAGGAUAAGUUUAGAUCAUAUACUGGAGAACUCCCGGCUCAAAAUGUUAUUCCGACCGAAAUGAACUUACCACCUCUAUUAGAAUAUCUCGAAAUGAGCUCGGCGGCAAGGAAAGGAAAUCCAAUGACAGAAAGACCCAAAAUACCUUUAAUUAGAAAUUAUGGAAAAAAUAAUAGAGCAAUUUCGGAUAGUGAACAAAAAAUUCUAGAUGGAAAUUUAUAG